CGGAGGCGCUCCCCCCCUCUGUCUUCUUUUUUCCUUCCUUUCCUCUCUUCGCCCCACAUUGUCCUCCCUCCUUCUCCUUCUCUUCCGCUCUUUUCAUUCUUUACCUCCCCUCGCCUGAUCCACCGCCUCCACAAUUAAACACAGCACUGCUCUGAACACGCUCCAACACUCCUCUCCAACCGUCCUCCUUCCUUCCUCCCCCACAUAUCUUCGAGCUACUUUGAAACCUGAGCUCUUGAGCCAUGACAGGUUUCGCCAACCCUAACCGUAAUUCAGAAUCUCUUCAACGCGAUACCUGGAUGGACUCCCGUCGCCCGCAAUUGCAGCUGCAUCAGGGGUUUUCCCCACAUCCACCAGUCCAAGACCAACUCUAUCUGGCACAGCGUUCACCUCUAGAGGAUGACCAACACAGACCUAUAGAAUUCUAUGAACAAAAUGUCAAGCUCCAGCUGUUGAAACACUCGAGUGUUCUUACCGAGAUGCAGCUCGUCGCCCAGAAACGGAUUCGUAUGCAACAGCGACCAUCAUCAAGUUCGUCCCUGGGGCAGGUCGGUGCUACAGCACCGUGCCUGUUUGUGAUCCUGCCUAAAGUUACUCCAAAAACAAUGCAGACGAUGGACCAACCGCACGACUCCCAAGGACACCAACAAUAUCCAAUGUACCACACCCCAUAUCAACAGCAGCAAGAGGUCUCUCAAGAAGAGUUUUGUUUGCAUUUCUUGUGCGACUACAGUGAACACGAGCACACCUCAACCCAGGAUCAACAUGGCCAAGAGGGGGCGCAAGAACAGCGACAGCAUACAGUCGAUGAGUCGACGGACGACGUGCCCGUCGACACAGGGAUGUCAGAACACUUUGCAGAAUCAUCGUCCGCUUUUCCGCCAUCCACAACAACAGCACCAGCAAAAAUAACAUCGCCAUUCCCAACGCCUCGGUUGCAUAUCUGUAACCCAGACCAUGGGUAUGCGCUGAGGAGCACCGAGGAUUUUUGUCAGGCCCACAAGAUGUGUUUGCUCAGUCUGCUGUGUGCUCUACAGUCAACUCUAUUCCAGGAACAAGAUCGUGAGCAUGACCAGGAUCAGCAGCAGGAGGAAGGGCCGCAGGAGACGCUUGUAGAAGGACCUGGUUACGAGAGUCAUGGAAACGCCAAGAAUGGGGGGGAUGUGGAACUGGACGAGAGCAGCAUUGCGUCGCCAAUUUUCUCCAUACCACAAUUCCCUCGCUCAACCUCAUCGCUCUCGUCCCUCCCCUUCCUUUCAUCCCACUCGACCCCACAGCUGAUGCAAAGGAGAGUUGACAUUGCUAUCCGGUAUCUGUUGGGGUACUUUAGUAUGUCCGAUUUAGAGUCCAUCCUGCAGUCGCCCUCAAACGCUGACAAACAGGACUAUGGUGACACAUUCAUGCCGGACUUACAAGUCGAGGAUUUCGCGGCUUCGGAUAUGGGGCGAGUCACAAAGACAAUGACGGCAGAUGGUAGGAUCCUGGGUUCCUUGAUCCAAUACAAUACCAGAACCACAGCAUCGUCUCUCACCAAGCACGACACUACGGCCACAGCCAGCACAACUACUGCUACUAAAUCUGCGUCAUCGUCAUCAACAGGAAUAGUCCAUUGGCUCUGCCCUCACCACAAACAGCUCUGUUGCAAGGCACAAGCCAGGGAAAAACUAAAGGCUGUGAUCCACAAGAAUGAGGGCUCAUGUGUGGAGCAGGAGCAAAGCGCUGAGAUUUUUUUCCGCACACGAGAACGAGCAGUCGAAUUCUAUGAGUUGCUGCGGGAAUAUCGAUGUGUAAUCAAUCUGAAGAUCCAUCUUGGGUGGCACGAUCUCAACGAGGACGACCUGUGGGAAUUAGGCGAGGUAGUGAACGAGGCGAAUAUUGGGAGCUUGACGCUGGAUUGCUGCUGUGAGGCGAAGGACCACGGCGCUUGUACUGAAAGACUGGAAACGGAGGAGCAUCGGCAUCCGCAACGGACACAGAUGAGCUUCAAGCCCUUAUUUGGGAUGCUAUUCAGUCCUAGUUUGGUAUCAUUCACACUGGAAAACUUUUCAGGAUCACUGCCACAGCUACUCCCGUCCAACUUCAGCGCCUCACUGGACACAUUCUCGCUGCAGGCAUUCCGCCAGUCAACAGAGCUAGUCCUUCCUUCAACCAACAAUCUUCGAACCUUGAUCCUAAACCACUGUGGACCAGACACAACAGCGCAGAAUCUGGCAGAACUAAUCCGUCAUUCCCCUCGCCUUACAGAGAUCCAGAUGGACGUCGACAAAAUCGAAAAUUCACUUACGACGAUCGGAGAGGCCACGAAUCAACUGGACAAGAUCACCUUUCUCAAGCUGAGCGAGUCUCCAUGGGACUGUGUAGAGUUGUCGUGCGGGAAAGCUCAAGCAAGCGCAUCGGAUCUGCAAACGAAUCGUCCACAACAGACCAUCAUCCAGGGCAUCACCCGUCGGACAAGACAUCCCCCAACCCAUGCCCUGCAAACCUGCGGUGUCCUUGAGAAAUUGACAACGUGCUGCUUCCUGGAGCUAUGGGAGAAGCACCAGACCGCAUUGGCAACUCUCAUCGCUUGGAACCCAAGGCUGACGAGCUUGGAGCUCAUGUGCGAGACGGGGUCGAUGGACCGACUGUGGCGGUUUGUGAUGAGCCACUACCAUCACGCUCAGCAAGUUCAGCUUCAGGAACACCAACUCUCGCAGCUGGACAUUCGGGAGGCUCCCAUACCACCUACACCCACUGCAACACUCACUGCGGACGACGUCUCGUCCAUCCUGUCCUUGACUGCAGCAACACCGAUAACUACAUCAAGCUCCUUACGGCUCCGGCUAAACGACAAGACCUGCAGUCUCAUAACUCUAGCACCUACAAUGAACGUCCUAGUCCUUCAAGGGUACACGGAAAAACAUCGGUUGUUGCUGCAAUCGCUACAAGACAUUACGUACGCACUCUGUAUCGGCACCAGUUUUGAUUCCGCGGAGCAGCUAGCCUUACUGUUGUCUCAUCUCGAAAACGAUGGCCCCAGCGGGUUCACGAGCCUCACCUGGUCGUACUCGCCGCAACAACAGGACGACCCAAACUUUUUGGAACAGCUACGGGCGUUGUUCACUAGAAGCCACUUUACAAGGCUUGCAAUCCGAGUUUAUGCACCACUGUUCACUAUUCGGGGGCUGAUCCGAGUGUGGAACUGGGUCGUCGAGGCAGCCUGGUUGAGUGAGGGGGAACACGGGCGAUGGAUUCAGUCCUGUUUGGAGCACGAGCGAGGCGAAAAAGCAAAUGCUUCGUUUGUGAAGGAUGAUGCUGUAAGCUACCAUGGUAUGCGCGAGAUCAAGAUCGCGAAGAAGAUUCUGGAGAAAAGCGCCAGCAAUAACUCCUUCGGGCUUUUGGACGCGGCGGCAGCGGAGGCAGCGGUAGCGAUGAGGCGACAGCUCCCGGGCUAUGGAUUGAUGCAGAACUAUACAUUGCCGCUGGACGAAGAACGAGAACUAACACUGUCAUCCUCGCACUUCAUCUUUUCCUCCAUGGCCACGCCCGUCGUCCCAGGAACAAACACAGCCUUGGCUUAUUCCUUGAGACUGUCGGCCAAAUCUUGGCCAUAGAGAAAUAGAGGAGAAAGUGGUAGAUCUUGUCUUGAUAAAUAAAAUGUCCGA